CGAGUCUGCGCGAAAUUUGGCGGAGAAAGCUAUCGAGGCUUCAUUCUACAGAGAGCGACUCGGUGCUGUCGCGAAGCAGAUCGUAGAAGCGCAGGAAGAGACUGCGCAAGAGCGCGCGGAGUGGGAACGUGAAAGGCGGAGGCUUCUGAAUUCUCUCGGUGCUGCUUCAUCCUCGGCGCCGUCAGUAGCCCCCAUCCGCAUCUUGCCUCCCGCUGUGGAAGGCCCGCGGGCAUCUGGCCCAAUGCCAAUCCGCAUCCUCCCGCCCGCUGCGGAAAGGCUGCGCCUGACGGUAAAGCAAGAAGAUGCAGGCCAAGAAACGGGGCCGGUGGCGGAGAACCUGAGGACGCCCGUCAAGGGAGGGCCAGCGCAUGGACGUAGGCCCAGCCAGACGCCCUCGUGGCUUGAGGAC